AAAAAGUGCGUUUAAUGAAAUCAAAGAAAAAAGUUCUGACCCUGAAAUUACGUUUCACGAAGCCAGAGAAAGUGCGUUUAAUGAAGUCGAAAAAGAAAAUGCAUCCCAUGAAGUUCAAGAAGAUAAUUAUUUCCGAAAUAAAAAAAGAAAAUAUUAUCAGCUAGAAAAUAAAAUGGAUAAAAAUUACAUUCCCAUAAUUAAAGGGGCAAAAUGUGCUCGCAAGCAUCCCGAUUGGAGUAUUACAACUCUUCAACCACUUGAAUGCACUAAAUUAAGAUCCAGUAAUCAACAGAGGAUGUGGGAAGAAUAUAUAAAUUCGGGUAGAGCGGUAUAUUAUAAAUAUUCUUUCAUCGAUUCACGAACAUUGGAUUGCCUUAAGGAAGCUCGAAAAAAUAAUCGUCCGGUGACGGAAAAUGAUUUACAACAAUGGGCUUUAGAAGCUGCGAAAGAAUUUCAAUCAGAUAAUUUCAUCUUUAAAGCAUCACCCGAAAAACUUUCCAAAAAGUCUUAUUUCCGACUUCGUCUGGAGGCUCUUCAUAUUCAUACUAAUGACGAGGAUUUACUAGUAUUGCCUUUCCCGUUUUGA